AUGGGUUUGGAAAAUGUGCAUUAUAUUAUUUUACUUAAGGAUACUUUAAAUUUAAAUGAUACUGCAUUAAAUCAAGAACAAGAAAAUAAUAUUUGUAGUAUGCUAGCUCAAGAACAAAAUAAUAAUAUUCAUAACAUGCUGGUUCAAGAACAAGAAAAUAAUAUUCAGAUUAUUAAUCUGAAAAUCAUUUCAAUUAAGGGCUAA